UCACUGGCUUCCGGGCCACCAAUGAAAACGCCCUUUGGGCAGGGCCUCGCGAACAUAUUGGUUGUCCUACCGGCGCGACUAGCGGUGAUUGGACAGCCUGAAAAGAGACGAUUGCGGCCUUAGCCUCCGAGUAACCGGUACGCGACUGUGGGUGGUCAUGGCUGGUCAGGACAUGCGGGAAGAGCUGGACUCGCUGCUUCUGCAGCUACUCAGGGACCUGGAGGAGCUGGAGGCGAAGCGGGUGGCGCUGAACACCCGGGUGGAGGAGGGCUGGCUGUCGCUUGCCAAGGCUCGCUACGCCAUGGGUUCCAAGUCCGUGGGGCCCCUGCAGUAUGCCUCUCGCAUGGAACCUCGGGUCUGCGUGCGAGCCAGCGAGGACCAGGACAGACUCCAGACAUUCAAGGUGGUGAGAGCUGACGCCCAGACUCCAGAGGACGUAGGGCCCCGAGAGGCAGGAAAAAAACUUCUAAUUCCAGUGAAUCAUUCCCAGGAUAAAGAACAGGGGAUUGGACAGUCUGUGUCAGAUCUUCUGGCAUGUUCAGGCAAAAUGGUGCUGCGCAGGCGAAAGGGCCCCAACAACUCUCCAGAGCCAGAGCUCUCUGCAGCCCCACAGGAUCCCCUGAACUGGUUUGGAAUCCUGGUUCCUCACAGUCUUCGACAGGCCCAAGCCAGCUUUCAGGAUGGCCUUCAGCUAGCUGCAGAUAUAGCCAGUCUCCAGACCCGCAUUGACUGGGCUCAAAGGCAGUUCCGGGGGCUACAGGAGAAGCUCCGGCGGCUGGAGUCUGGUGCUGCCUGACUUGUUCCAAAGAGGCAGACACUGAGCACUGCUGUUCUAGAUGUGGCUGCCUUAUUUCAGGCCUUCUUCACAGACAGCCCCUCCUCCUCCUACCUCUGCCCCACUUACUGCCUUUCCUUAAGAUGUUUCCUACUGCACGUUUCUAACUUCAUAAGGUAUGAAGUUUGAACAGGCCAGCUGAAGAAUGUUGAAAGCCACUUCUGGAAAGCCCCUUCCAUGCCUGAGUUCUCAUAGGACCUACCCCCCAGGGAAGAGGUAAAGGGCUGUUCAUGUAAGCCAGCAGUUGAACAGCCUCAGGUCAGUGAGCUGUGGUAUUGUUUCCAGAGGAUGAAACACUGUGAACAGUGGCAAGAAAGGACAAGAAGGAAUGCUUCAGGGUCACCAGACCAUCAGAACUAACAUGGAUGGGGGAAAAGACCAUGCACAAUUGAUAUAUCAGGACAAUAUGAUUCUAGUCAGUAAAAAUACAGCUAGUGGUGUGGUGGUACACACCUGCAGCCCCAGCUACUUGGAAAAAGCUAAGUUGGGAGAAUCACUUGAGAGCUCCAGUGAGGAAUCAGCUUGGGUAGCAGUGGAAUCCUAUAUCAAAACAGUAAAACAAAGAACCAAACAAAACCCCUGAAUAUAUGGGCAGCCCUUGACUUCUAAACAAGGAAAUAAAAGAAGAUAUGACUUACAUUUUCAAGGAAGAAGGGACCUUUCAGAUUUAUAAAACCUUCCUUUAUCUUUUCUGGAGUUUAUCUUUCUCUCCAUUUGUUGAAGAGCCAGUUAUGUUCCUGCUCUGGGAACUCCUUGUUUGGCUUUUGUACUGGGUUGUUACCUUUGUAGAAGUUUCUGGCAGCUCUUUCUGUUUGGUAGGUAUUCUGUAAUCCUUUUUGUUCAUAAUAAGAUGUAAGUAGUUGUUCUGCUUGUCUUUUACCUUUGUUUUUAGUGUUUAAAAAUUUUUCUAUAUCACAAAACCAUUACAUCAAACUGUCGAGUAACUGAAUAGCAAUGUGAAAGCUUAUGUUUUUAAAUCAGUUUUUAAAGAUGCUAUAUGUUUGGAUUGGGGGUUAUAAUUAAUGUGAUGAAAAGGGAUUAUCAUUUCCCUCAUGAACAUCUGGGUUUUUUUUGUGGGGGGGUACUGGGGAUUAAACUCAGGACCUUGCACUUGUGAGACAGGCAGCACCACUGAGCUAAAUAAAUACCCAACCCUCAUCUGUGCUUUCA